AGUAAACACUUGCGUUUAAGAACACACUAUGCGUCAGCGUUUGGCGAAAUCUAAUUAAAACAUUGCGAUAAACAUCAACAUUUUCACUAACACGUGCUUUGGUGAUGAUUGAACAAAGUGAAUGUUUGAACUGGUUCAUUGUGAAGAAUCAUUCGAACCGAUUCGUUGAAGUGAAACUCGACUAGUGCUGUGAACGUCUGACACGAGCGAGCUGAAGGUUUUAUGUGAGAGAUUAACGUUAGAGGAUAUGGGAGGAGUUGACGUCUCCUAAAAACACUUCUAGCUCGGUCGUCCGAGUUGUUUUUACACCGACGUCCGUGGGAAUGAAACCAAGUGCGUCUCCACUAUGUUUAUUGUCGAGAGUGUCACCCUAUAACAUGGGCAGAAGACUCGUUUAGGUUUGUCCUUCGUCACGACCGAAACAUUUAACUCAAUGUUUGGGAUUUAUUUGUAAUACUUGGAGAAUUAGCGACUGUCUCGAUGGAAGAAGAACCGCUGCUCACGGGCAGCAUUAACCGGAGCUCUGGAGAUUAUGGAUCUCAUGAUAGUCUACAUCAACAUAAAGAAUCGAGAUCAAGACGGCUGUCAUAUUCAGUCACUGAUGAUAGUGAGGAGCAAGAUGCAGAUUCAGACCUCUAUAUCCAGCAGGCAGUUGUAUUUAUUGAGGAUGCAAUUCAGUAUCGAUCCAUCAAUCACAGGGUUGAUGCUGGGUCCUUACAGUUAUAUAGAUGGUAUUACUCAAGGAUAUGUCAGUGGGGUCUGGGGUUCACUAUUGCUGUAGUACUGGCACUGGCCCUCAUUGAGAGACCGUCCUCUCUAACCUACACCUCGGACAUUCGUUUCAAACCCAAGCCCUGGGAGCCUCCCUGUGGAUUGACGGAGGGGAUUGAGAUGGUCUGCCUUUGUAUCUUCAUCCUAGACGUCACUGUGAAGAGCUAUCUGAUAGGAUGGGAGGAGUUCCGUAUGAACAAAUGGCUGAUUGGUUAUGUAAUAGUGAUUGCAGCAUCAGUUAUUGAUUGGGUGUUGAGCAUUAGCAUGAUGUGCAAUGAGAGUUUGAGAGUCAGGAGACUGAUUCGCCCGUUUUUCCUCUUGCAAAACUCUUCCCUCAUGAAGAAAACUCUAAAAUGUAUCAAAAGGACUCUUCCAGAAAUAGCGAGUGUCGUCCUACUCCUGGCAUUACACCUCUGCAUAUUCACCAUGAUUGGAAUGCUGAUAUUUGCCAAAUCAGAUGACCCUACGAAGAACGGAGAGUGGGAAACAUACUUCAAGAACCUGCCGAAAGCCCUGUCUUCUCUGCUAGUGCUGCUCACCACCGCCAAUAACCCUGACGUCAUGAUCCCAGCAUACUCUCUGAACCGUGGAUAUUCUAUAUUUUUUAUACUCUUUAGUGUGUUUGGAACAUAUUUGUUGAUGAAUCUAAUGACGGCUAUUAUUUAUAACCAGUUCAGGGGAUAUUUACUGAUGUCAGUACAGACGUCAAUAAUCAGGAGGCGUCUGGGUAUCCGGGCUGCGUUCGAGGUGUUGUGCUGUCCGGGACGAGGACACACCAGCACUCAGUCGGAAGGCCAUGUGGAGCGAGUGGCGGUGAACAUGUUCCUGCAGGUCAUGAGUAGAGUCCACAUGAAGUCUUACUGCAGACAAGCUAUUAUUAAGGCUGCUCAGCAGUUUCCUGACGGCUUCAUCGAUGGCGAGGCCUUCCAGAGGCUCUUUAAUGAGCUGGACAAGGAUUUUAUGAAAGAGCAUCCAGCAAAGCCAGAGUACAGUUCUCCUGCCCUGCAGCAUAUCCAGUAUAUCUUCAGCCACUUUUACGUUACAGUGCUGGGAAACGCUGUCGCUCUGGCCAAUGUCAUCUGUAUCUGUACCGUCUUGGUUCUGAAUUCAGAGAAAUCCGCCUCGGAGAGGAAUUACUUCUAUAUGGAGAUCAUCAACUGCGCUUUCAUCCUGUACUAUUUAAUUGAGAUGCUUCUGAAAAUAGUGGCUUUUGGUUGGAGAGGUUACCUGUCUUUCAGGAAUAACAUUUUUGAUGGAUUUCUCACUGUUCUUUUGCUGGCUCUUCAGAUUGCCAUAUUAAUCACAUACAGGACGCCCUCUGAGGAAGUGGAUCCGGUUCCACACCGGGUAAUGGCUUUGUGGGAGAUGGUGCGAUUGGUCAACAUGUUGAUUGUUUUCCGUUUCCUCAGGAUAAUUCCAGAAAUCAAGUUGAUGGCUGUGGUGGCCAGCACUCUCGUGGACCUGGUGAAGAACUUGCGGGCAUUUGCUGGCAUUUUGUUGGUGGUGUACUAUGUGUUUGCAGUUCUUGGUAUCUGGCUUUUCCAGGGAGCUAUAACCCCUCCGCCAAACACGAGUCUGAACUCAAGCAUGGAGAACAACACGGGUCCUUACAGCAUGGAUUGUGGCACUUUUGAACAGCUGGAGUACUGGCCAAACAAUUUUGAUGAUUUUGCUUCCUCUCUGGUCCUGCUCUAUAACAUCAUGGUGGUGAAUAACUGGCAUGUUUUCACAGAUGCAUACACCAGAUACACUACAGAGUGGUCUUUGGUCUACUUUGUGGCCUGGUGGAUAAUAUCUUCAGUCAUGUGGGUCAACCUGUUUGUGGCACUCAUUUUGGAGAACUUCACCUAUAAGUGGGACCGCAGUAAUACUAUGUCUGUUGAGGAAGUGGAGAGAAUCGCCUAUCAAAGCACUGUACAGCUUAUGUUCAGAGAGCAUGUCCAAGAGCCGACAGAAGAAGAGUUACUAGCUCAACUACAUCAACAUCCUCAUCUCCACCUCUCCUGGUGACCCUCACCUCCACCUCCAAAACAAUCCCACAAUCCUCCAGGACUCCAUCACGUCUGUGUAGGCCUCAUGUUUACACAUCCAUCCGUUUUGGAGGACCUGUUUCCCAUUAUAGGAUCUGUGUUGCUUCAGGUCGGCCUGGGAAAAGGAUGUAUGUGUUUUCGAACAGAGAGUCACAUGAUUAAUGUUCAGAGGAACUUUAGCUCAAGUCACUCCUGUUGCUGGAAUUCCUUCUUUGAGUUUGAAAGUUGUUUUUUUGAGGAAAUCAAACACAUUUUCAUCCUUCAUUUGAUGAGAACCAAUAUUUCCUUAUUUAUUUUUUUGUAAGGCUGUUACAAUCGAACAACAAAAUGCCAAUCUAUAGAUUUUUGUUGAAAAAAAAAAUCAUGGAAACAAAGGGACAUGUUUUU